UUCUGUAGGAAUUUCAAGAGGCGGGAACUGAGGGGUGUGGUGGGCCUCUAAGGUCCCAGCAUUCCCUUCGUGCCGCCGCCAAGAUGGCGGCGCCCAUGUUGCGGUGCAUUUCCCGGAAUGCGUGGCUUGGUACCCAAGGCCUGUCAGGAGUCUUGCCCUUGGGGCUGCGUGAGGCCCACUCGGCCGCUCAGGGGUUGCUGGCGGUGCAGAAGGCUCGGGGCCUGUUCAAGGAAUUCUUCCCCGAGAGGGGUACAAAGACAGAGCUCCCAGAGCUCUUCGACCGCGGCACGGGAGGGAAAUUUCCCCAGACCAUCUACUGCGGCUUCGACCCCACGGCCGACUCGCUUCAUGUCGGGCAUCUGCUGGCGCUUUUGGGCCUUUUUCAUUUCCAGCGAGCGGGCCACAACGUGAUCGCGCUGGUGGGAGGCGCCACGGCGCGCCUGGGAGACCCAAGCGGUCGUACCAAGGAGCGCGAGGCUCUGGAUGCGGAGCGCGUGCAAAGCAACGCCCGUGCCCUGAGUCAAGGGCUAAAGGCCCUGGCGGCUAAUCACCAGCAGCUCUUUGCAAAUGGGCGGACCUGGGGCAGUUUCACCGUGCUGGACAAUUCGGCGUGGUACCAGAAGCAGGACCUGGUGGACUUCCUAGCGGCAGUGGCUGGCCACUUCCGCAUGGGAACGCUGCUGAGCAGGCUGAGUGUGCAGGCUCGGCUCAAGAGCUCCGAAGGCAUGAGUUUGGCCGAGUUUUUAUACCAGGUGCUCCAGGCCUAUGAUUUCUACUACCUGUUCCAGCAUUAUGGAUGCCGGGUCCAGCUGGGUGGAUCAGAUCAGCUGGGCAAUAUCAUGUCUGGAUACGAGUUCAUCCACAAGUUGACUGGAGAAGAUGUGUUUGGAAUCUCUGUUCCUCUAAUUACAAGUACAACUGGAGCGAAACUGGGCAAGUCUGCUGGCAAUGCUGUUUGGCUAAACAGAGAUAAGACAUCUCCAUUUGAAUUGUAUCAGUUUUUUCUCAGGCAACCAGAUGAUUUGGUAGAAAGAUACCUGAAGCUCUUCACUUUUCUGCCUCUUCCAGAGAUUGACCACAUCAUGCAGCUGCAUGUCACAGAGCCAGAAAAGCGGGGUCCUCAGAAGCGACUUGCUGCGGAAGUAACAAAGCUUGUUCAUGGACAAGAAGGGCUGGCCUCUGCUAAAAGGUGUACACAAGCCCUUUAUCACAGCAGCAUAGAUGCGCUGGAAGUCAUGUCUGAUCAAGAGUUAAAAGAAUUGUUUAAAGAAGCUUCAUUUUCUGAAUUAGUUCUUGACCCUGGAACAAGCGUCCUAGAUACGUGCCGCAAAGCAAAUGCCAUUCCAGAUGGUCCCCGAGGGUAUCGGAUGAUUACAGAAGGUGGAGUCAGUAUAAAUCACAGACAAGUAACAAAUCCUGAGAGUGUUUUAGUUGUUGGACAACAUAUUCUUAAGAAUGGACUUUCAUUACUUAAAAUAGGAAAAAGGAACUUCUACAUUAUAAAAUGGCUUCGGCUAUGAUGAAAACUCCUUCUGGUGUUGAAACAUCCAUCAUUCAUUAUCAAGAUAUACAAAUUUAUAUCUUCACUUACGCAACUCAAAACAAAGACUGGAGUAUAUUCUAGGCCUCAGUGUGAGUAAUUUCAUUGUUCAUACAGGUUGGUUAAGUUUGUGGAAUAUUUUACUUCCUGAUCCUUAAAUAUUAAAGACUAACACAGAAAAGCAUGAUUUCUAGGUUUAAUCUCUUUUAAUAAUUAUGCUUCAUGAAAAACUAAAUGCUAAGUUUCCUAUCCUGUCCUUGCUCUUGUAUCAGGUAAAUAUAUCAUUGGAUUUUUCUGGUUGUUGUUCAGGAAGCAAAUUCUAUAAAAAAGAGAAAUGUUAGAGGAAGCCAUAAACAGCAUUAGAAAUUACAGUAGAAAUCGUUUCUUUUUGAAGAAAAAUCAGUACAUGACUUUUCAGAAAGUUUAUAAUUCAGUGUUCCAGUCGCCUGUGUUUCCAUGAAAUUAAAUUUACUCAUUAGCCUUGUUUUAACUCAGUAAAAAAGGUGGGAAUGUCUUAUAAAUUUGUCAACUUAUGAAUUUGUCAACUUAUAAAUUAGUCUUUAAGUUUCAACUUCUGUCCCCAUGCAGAUUGCAGCUUGAGAUGAACCAAAAAGUUAAGUAAACAACAUGAUAAAAUAGAGGCAACAAGAUAAAACAGUAGAUACACUAUUAUCAUACACUAUUAUAUGAGUGGAUACACUCAUAUCCAAACAUAUGAGAAUAUCAAGAUAUUCCAGGAAGGGAAGUUUUCAGGCCAAAUUUAAAGGAUCUGGAAUCAAGAUUUAGUCAAAUUAAGCUCUACAUUCUUUAGGCAAGUUGAUUCUCCAGAACUGUUCGCAACAUCUAAAAAAAUCAGAUCAUUGAUUUUUCUUGAUUUCCUUAAUUUCACUUGAUCACUUGAGGAUCAAGUAAAACACACAUACACACAAAAUGGUUAACAAUCAGGUUUGUUCUAGAAAAUCUUACAAGCAGCAAAGCAUGGCUUUAGAAUUCAAAUUCUAGCUAUUUACUACCUGGAUUAUUUGGAGCAAGUCAUCUUCAUAUGCAAAAAAAUGGAGAUGUAUUAUAAUUAAACCUCAAUAAUAAAAAGAAAAAAGUCAUUAAACUUUUAUAUAGCAUAAGCUAUAUUGCUAUGUUCCAAAGUAGAUUUGCAUGUACUCUUCUGGGAGUAGUUAGGAAGAAUUCACUUAUUGACAAGCUUUUUAAUGUCACUUCAGACUAGCAACUUUAUUUACAAAGUAAGAACAUACAGGUAUCCAUUGUAAGUCAGAGUGAUAUCAUCUCUACAUUUCAGAACUUCACUCGGUUUAAGGGCCAACAAAAGGAGGUUUCCUCUUUCUGUACCUAUCUUGCCUGUUUUUCUUUGUACCUGGUGUGUAGUACUAACAAGUGUAUUACCAUAGCAGGUAAUGUUUUCAAUUUGAAGUUUGCUGGAAAAAGGUGCAUUAUAAGGUUCAGUCCCCCUUUACAAAUUAAAAGUUAGACUAGAAUGGUAAUCAUCUGAUCUAUCUCAAAUACAUGAAUCGUGGAUGGCUAUAAUUUCAAACUAAUAUUUAAUAAUGGCAGAGUGAUUUUAAAGUAUGCUAAUAAACAUUUUGGAAGCAUGUAUUCUAUGAAGAUGGUACUGCGAACAGAUUCAUAGUCCUGUAUCAUCAGACUGAAUCUGUUAUGUUUGAGAUCAGUUGCUGAUCUUGUUUCUCAGUACAGUGAGUAUCAUUCAUAUGUUCCUGCCAGUAUUUCUUCAUAAAUGUUAUAACAUAAAAAUAAAUUUAAUAUCUGCAAUAUAUAAUUCAUCUUAAAAUUUAUUAUGUAAUUCAUAUCAAGAAUAAUCUGGGGAAUUUUGGUAAAAUGUGUUCUAAACCUCACUCCCAACCCUCUGAGAGCAUUUAGGAGUAUGUGUGUGUCAGGAUGUUUUUCUGUGAAUAAUAAAGCCCCAUCAUUAUUUUCGUA